AUGCCAGGAGUAAGAGAUAUCAGCGCCGAUGCUUUCAUUACCGCAUAUGCUUCCCAUCUCAAGCGGUCGGGAAAGCUCGAGGUCCCAACAUGGGUCGAUAUUGUUAAAACAGGGUCUUUCAAGGAGCUCGCACCUUACGACCCAGACUGGUACUACGUCCGUGCAGCUGCUGUUGCACGACACAUCUACCUCCGCAAAGACGUCGGUAUCGGUGCAUUGACAAAACUUCACGGUGGCCGCAACAGACGCGGCAACCGCCCAUCACACCACGCCGACUCCUCUGCCUCCGUCCAAAGAAAAGUCUGUCAAUCGCUGGAGAAGAUUGGUGUCUUGGAGCAGACCGACAAUGGUGGACGACGGAUAAGCCAAGACGGCCAGCGGGAUUUGGACCGUAUUGCAACAGCUGUCGUCGAGGCUGCCAAGGAGGAGGAGGAUGAAGAGGAGGAAGGCGAAGAGGAGGAAGAGGAGGAGGAAGAGGAGUAA